AUGUCAUGCGAUGGGCUUCUAGACAACUCAAAAAUUGUCGAUGCCUCGGUGCCGCAGGCGCCUGCUCUUACUCUGAAAGACAUCAGUGCACUUUUGGAUGAAAAACUCUCCCAUAACUCGUCUCAUAUGACCAAUUUGCGGUCAGCAAUUAUAAAAGACGUAAAGUCCAUGAUUACAACUGAAAUAAAUGGGGCCAUUGCAGAAUUAAAAGCCGAUUUCACAGCAACGACUGAUUUCUUAAUGGAAGAACUAAAAGAAGUGAAAAGUAAAAUCCAGAAAAAAGAUGAUUUAGUCAAGAAAUUAGAAGAGGAAAGAAAUGCUUUACAGAUGGAGAUCAGUAGUCUGAACAAUAGAAUUGAAAUAAUUGAAAAAAUAUCGAGAGAUUGCAAUGUAGAAAUUCAAUGUGUACCGGAGUUACGCAACGAGAACACAUAUAGCAUAUUUAAAAAGAUUUGUGAAUCAAUAAACGUACCUAUAUCAGACAACGAGAUCCGUGCAUGCCGCCGGGUUGCUAAGAUGGACACCACUUCGAAAAGACCUCGGAACAUAAUAGUCUCUUUCGCUUCGCCCAGGCUACGUGAUAAUGUAUUGUCAGCAACCUACCGUUUCAACAAACAUCAUAAUUCCGAUAAAUUCGGAUCGAAACACAUUGGAUUCGAAGGUGAAAAUCGACGCAUCUAUUUCUCUGAACAUUUAUCGCCUGAAAUGAAAAGAGUGCAUGCGGCUGCUAGAAAAUUCGCUAAAGACAAGAACUAUUCAUACGUGUGGGUCAAAUACGGUCAAGUGUACCUACGUAAGAGCGAAUCUUCUAACGCGGUACGAGUAAAAAACAUUGACAUCUUAAAAAACCUAAAGUGA